ACCAAAAUGUCACUUCGUAUGGCGGUGCGUCCCUUUUUUGCUAAUCAUUCUCGUAUUUGGGCAAAUUAUUCAUUAUUUUUAUCUAAACAAACUACUUUGACCCAUCAGAUAAGUUAUAAAUUUAAACUUGCUGAGGCCCGGCAAGUAUUGUGCGUGUGCGCGUCUACGUCGUCCGCGCCGAGGACCAUGAGUUUCGAGUACCCCGAGGCGAGGAGGGAUGAAACGGUCGUGGACGACUAUCAUGGGACUCUGAUCAAAGACCCGUACCGCUGGCUAGAAGACCCUGAUUCCAACGAGACCAAAGAGUUUAUAGAGGCAGAGAACAAAAUCACGCGGCCUUACCUAAACGCGUGCCCGGUAAAGGACGAUAUACACGAGCGGCUAACAGAACUAUGGAACUAUCCCAAGUACUCCUGUCCGUUCAGGAGGGGAGACAGAUACUUUUUCUUCAAAAACACAGGCCUGCAAAACCAAAAUGUACUGUACGUGCAAGACAGUUUGGACGGCGAGGCGCGCGUGUUCCUCGACCCGAACACGUUGUCAGAGGACGGCACCAUCGCGCUGUCGGGCAGCCGCUUCACGGAAGAUGGCGCCACUUUCGCGUACGGGCUGUCUGCCAGCGGGUCGGAUUGGAUAACAAUACAUCUGAAGGAUGUUGCUACAGGUAAAGACUACCCCGAAGUGUUAGAAAAAGUUAAGUUUGCUUCGAUGUCAUGGACAAAAGAUCAUAAAGGACUUUUUUAUUCGCGAUACCCCGACCAAACGGGCAAGACCGACGGCUCUGAAACUGAGGUGAAUCGCGACCAGAAACUCUGCUUUCAUCGGCUGAACACACCACAGAAGGAUGACGUCAUCGUUGUAGAGUUCCCAGAAGAACCACUGUGGAGAAUCGGCGCAGAAGUGACCGACUGCGGUAAAUACCUGAUCGUGACCCCCGUGAGGGACUGCCGCGACAACCUGUUGUUCUUCGCUGAGCUCAACGACUACAACGUGACCGGCAAGCUGCCUCUAACGCAGAUUGUGCACAAAUUCGAAGCAGACUAUGAGUACAUAACCAACGAGGGUUCCGUAUGCAUAUUUCGGACUAACAAGAACGCCCCCAACUACCGUCUCAUCAAGAUCGACCUGCGACAUCCUCACGAAGACAACUGGCAGACAUUGAUCCCGGAACACCCCACCGAUGUCCUGGACUGGGCCUCCGCCGUCGACGGUGACAAACUGGUCAUACACUAUGUUAGAGAUGUCAAGAGUGUUCUACAACUGCACAGUGCAGAAACAGGCGAUAUGAUUCAAACGUUUGACCUACCAGUGGGGUCAGUGGUGGGAUUCUCCGGCAAGAAGGAGCAGACGGAGAUCUUCUACCACUUCAUGUCGUUCCUAACUCCUGGUGUUAUAUAUCACGUGGACCUUAGCAAGAAGCCAUAUGACCCCACGGUAUUCAGGGAGGUCAAAGUGAAAGGGUUCGACGGGUCGCAGUACGAGGCUAAACAAGUAUUCUACUCUAGCAAAGACGGCACUAAAGUUCCUAUGUUUAUAGUAUCCAAGAAGGAUCUACCGCGUGACGGUUCGAACCCGGCGCUGGUGUACGGCUACGGCGGGUUCAACAUCAACAUCCAGCCGAGCUUCAGCGUCACGCGCGUCGUCUUUAUGCAACACUUCAACGGAGUCGUCGCUAUACCCAACAUUCGCGGAGGGGGAGAGUACGGCGAGCGGUGGCACAACGCCGGUCGUCUGCUGAACAAGCAGAACGUAUUCGACGACUUCCAAGCGGCGGCAGAGUAUCUCAUCGCUGAGAAAUACACCAAGCCUUCCCUCAUCACCAUACAGGGAGGGUCUAACGGGGGGCUGUUAGUGGCCGCUUGUAUCAAUCAGAGACCGGAUUUGUAUGGAGCGGCCAUCGUGCAGGUCGGAGUGCUAGACAUGCUGCGGUUCCAGAAGUUCACGAUCGGACACGCGUGGACGUCGGACUACGGCAGCUCCGACAACGAGACGCAGUUCCGCAACCUCAUCAAAUACAGUCCGCUGCACAACAUACACGUGCCAGAUGAUGAGAGACCGGAAUACCCCGCGACGUUAGUCCUGACGGCGGACCACGACGACCGCGUGGUGCCGCUGCACUCGCUCAAGUUCAUCGCGGCGCUGCAGCACGCGGCCAGAAACUCGAGGCAGAAGCGACCUCUGUUGGCGAGAGUAGACACUAAGGCCGGACAUGGAGGUGGCAAACCUACUACUAAAAUUAUUGACGAGAACACGGACAUCUUGUGUUUCAUGACGCAGGCGCUGGGCCUCAAGUUUGUAAAGUGAACGCACCGCCAUACUCUACACGCAACGAAAUAGUAUUAAUGACUGAGAUGCAAUUAGUAUUAUGUAAAUACGAGUACCAACCACAGCCUGGUAAAGAUUACCUCGGGUCUCCGCGAAGACUGGUGAUAUUGUUACGCAUUGCUACUAUUUUUUAUUAUAAUAAUAAAACUCUGUUUUUAUUUU